AUGCAUUGUUUUAAAUUCUUGCUUCCUGAUCCUUUUUUUUUUUUUUUUUUGAUUGCAUUCACUCACCCCCUCAUUUGUAUCUUAGUUAAUAAAAAAAGGAGAAGUCGAUUGAUUGUUUUUGUCGUCGGCCACAUUUGGAAUUGUUUUCUCGUGCGCAUGGCGAACGAAAAGAAGUCUCCCGCUCCCAUUGAUGUGGAUCUUGCGGAUCUGCAGGCGGAGGCACUAAGUCGCUUCAAUCCGCUUGUUUUUACCUUUUCUGUGCAGACCGGAAAUACUGUGUGUCUUCCAAAGGUUGUUGAAGCCAUGACGCGCGACCCUGCGUUCGCGAAGGGCUUUUACGUGCUAGAAAAAAGGCGCAGCACCUCCAUAUCACAGGCGACGCGAGGAAAACCGGGUGACCGGAGAAGCAAACAGGCCGACAACACAAAAAGCACCGCGACGCAGUUUUAUGAGGAUUACGUGCGCAUAGCGGUGGAUCGUGAAAUAAAGCGGCGCGAAGAGGAGCGGGCGCGUGAUGAGGAGUACGCAGCGCUUUUGGCUCUCUAUUUGGAGGAGGGACUUACAGAGGCCGAGGCGGCGGAGGCGGCAAGGAAGGAGAUGGAGGAAGCCGCUAUUGAGGGCACCUCAAGUGAAGAGGGUGACGUCCGCGAACGACUUUAUGUUUUUCUUUCGACUUACCCGACUAAUAUGGAGGAGGUGACGGAGUUGCACAACUGUGGUCUUUCCCUUCAUGCAGUAGUUUCUUUGUCGAGCCGCGUGGCACUCAGCGGGUCUGUGGCCGCCGAGAAACCACCGCAGGCUUCAGAUUCAUCCAAGGGGAAGGGGAAGGGGAGGGAGAAGAGGGAAACAAGGAAGUCCGAGCUGAAGGACAGGAGCGGGCAGAAUGACGACAAAAACCGAUUGACACUGGCCACUGAGUUACAACAGUACUUGGAGGGGACGAAGAAUCCACUGCAUUAUUUAAAGAACAUUUAUAUUCAUUCAUAUGAUGUUCCAACAGAUGCGAUACCGAAUGCCUCUAUUAACAACACGACCGCAGCAAAUGCAACUCCCAACAUUCUGGGUGAUACGGCACCACUCGCAGUUUAUCGUUUGAGGGGCACAGAAGGGAAUGUUUUCAGUGCGAUAGUGGAUGCUGUUGUCAUGCUUGAGGAAAGGUAUAUUGGCUUUUGCGAGUGGAAAGAGAGGCGGGUGAGGGUGGACAUUCCUUCAUAUGUUCCACUGCGCUACCCUCAGGCGGUGGCACCGUCAUCGGCAACAGUGGAGGAAAAGGGGAAGAAAAGACAUGUUGCUAGCAGGAAGAAGAGUGCUGUUUCCACGGUGGUGGUGCCCUUCAGCAAUGCUGAAACCAUCCCUGUCUUUGAUGCCCAGCCUAAGAAUAUGAAGGGUGUUGUUGCUCACCGCUCCGUGUAUGAUACGAUCCUUUCCCUUAGGAAGCAGGCUUACUUCGAUAGGCAGACCUUUUGCACUGCAUGCGUCUUGCAAGUGGCAGCAACGCUUUCCAUGCCAAAUCCUGAACUCUUGGAUCCGUUUCUACCACUUUCGAAACGCGAAGAACAGCAGAUGUUGAAUGAUAAAAAGGAAUCUUCUUUAUUUGUAAACUAUGUAUUUGAUAUUGCCAUGCUGGGUGUGGAUAACGCACACCAACAGCUUCUAUUAUGCAAUAAAGAAAAGGGAUCUACCGAGCCCUUUUCUCCAGAGGAAGAGUCCUUAAAGAAAACGGUGCCGAGUUCAAUAUUAUCGUCGCAGCCAAGAAAACUCAAUGACGUCUUAUCUUCAAGGGACGAUGGUAAUGUCGAUAAUGUGACACUGGACAUUAGAGAUGCUUCUGUUUCUCUUCUUUUCCAGUCGUUUGGCAUUGAGGUGGAAGAAACAAAGAAAGCCAUUGAAGAGGUGACAUCUAUUGGUUUUAUUUAUUCUGGGAGACAUGGGGCGAUUGCUCAUGCAUUGAGAAAAAAUAAACUAGAUAGUUGGCGAAGUGUACAUAUGAAUGCUGACGGGUGCGGAUUGGAGGUACUCUAUCGUGGAGAUGGGGCGUCUCGUACAGAAAGCUCUGUAUACACCUUCUGUGGAUCUGCAACCUUUGCGGAUUAUGUGAACUGGCAAAAUUACUGCGUUAAUGAAGGGCUGUAUUAUAAUCCACCCCCACCAGACAGUGAUGAGGAAGAACCAAGUGGGGCAGACGAAGAGGAAGAGGAAGAGGAAGAAGAAAUGUACGAUGUUGGUGAGGAUGGGAGUGAAGGAAAAACAGUGAAGGUAAAGUCUUCCCGACGGAAGAAAGUUCAGGAGUCCCCACCGGUAGACGUACUACAGGUGGCCGACGCGGCUCUGCGACGCCGUCGUACGUAUGAGGAUGUCUUGAGGCGGCUUUUUCAGAAGGAGGACGUGGUGCAAGAGGCGAUAUUAUCAGGAACUGGAGCGCACUGCAUCGCAGAGGAAACGCAGUGGAUGUUCACGGAUGACGGCUCUACCAUUGAGGUUCGGCGUGUUGUGGGAAACACACCUCAAGUGCACUGCGUUGUGACUGAUCCUGUUGACUUGGCCUUUGGUUUUUUGACGAUGGCGGAACUCCCCACGGAAGAAAUUCCGUUGGUGAUUACAAGUUCUAUACGCUGUUUUCUUACCAUCGAUGAUGUUGUGCAAUUUUUUUUUGAGGUUGUCGCUGACAACACCCGUGCAGUGGAGCAGGUGGCAUACAUGAAAGCGCUUGAAUCUGCUAAGCUCGAGGCAAAGGCCCAAUAUGAGGCUCUUGAACAAACGAAAACUUCGAGGAGUUCCAAAGAAAAGGUCCCGCUUCCGUCACUCGCCACAUUGGAGGAGGCGCUCAUCUCGCAGAUUGCUGUUCCCAAGGAGCGGGAACAGAGAAAGCCGAUGACGAAUGCGAGGGCCUUAUUCCACGAUGGGACAGCCGCCGCCUUUUCUGCUGCAGAAAAGUGUUUGCAUUUUUCCACCGUCCAAAAUCUACACCAUUCCUCUUUGAUCGAUAUUUUUGUUGAUGUUUGUGUGGGUGAUAAGGUAAGAAGCAUUCGAGUUUCCCAUAUUCAUGCAAUCACUGUGUAUGCAGACGGAUGCGUUAUGUUAAAUGCUCAAGAGAUUGAGGGGUACCUUGUUUCUAUUGACUUAUUCGGAAACUAUUUGACAAUUAACAAGGAGGGUGCCAUGUUGUAUGUGACGGCGGCGGGGAAACGUUCGAUAAUCAGGGCAGAUGGCCAGAAAUUGUCUUUAGAACCGCUUAUGGUUGUAACAACAGGGGAGAGGCGUACAGAUACAAACGUGCUUUUGCGACAAGACGGGGUGCAGGUUCUGUUGGGCUCUGGGGGUCAGCUCGAAAAGGUCAUAUACGGCACAGGAUGUUUUUCUGCGAGUUCAGAUGGCGGUGGGUAUACAUGGCACUUUAUGGGGUUUCCGGAGAUUAGAGUCCACCGUGGAGACGGUCGAUUGGGUUUCACUGUGGAUCGCAUGGAAACAAUUAUGGAUGUCAGAGAGCAAACCCUUCAAUUGAUUCAUCAUCGAAGUGGUGGUGAGGCAAUUCUCGACUUGAAAACUCAUCGACUACACGUGCGUCCCAUACCUAAUGGGAAUUGUUUCACCAUGGACUGUGCUUUUGGCGGCCUUGUGGCGUCAUCUGAGGUCGCGGAUUAUUGUGUCUCUCCAUUUGGGCGAUGCGGAGAUGUCAGAGAGAAUGUGUUCAGGGAGGCAGAGGUUGUCAGUAGGGAGUUUUUAGAGCGAUACGAGGAAACGGGCGGGAACUUUGAGGAGACGGCACUCCAGAGGAAUUUUAACACAUUUGAUUUUCCUCUCAGGGUUAGGAAUUCCACGUGCCGACAAAAGUUUGAGCUCCCAACUUCGACAUUAUCCAGUUACAUGCGGUAUGCGGAACGGAGUAUUGAUAGGGUUUUGUCUUUUGGUGUUCAACAGAGCAAGGAUCUUAUUCGGGUAUUGGUAAGAAUGAAUAAUUGCGACGAUGAUGACGGAGUUUUGAUCUUUAUGAAUUCAUGGCUUUCAAGCGUCCUGCUGCAGCGUCUGAAGAGUGAAAUCGACCCAACUUUCUCGCGCUUCUUUUCAGGUGUCUCCUUUUCUGGGGGGGAUGUUCAGGAACAAAUCCUCUUUCUUCAGCCACCCUAUGAGUCGGCAGGUGAGGAGCAAAAAUCUGUCGUUCCGAUGGCAAGUUCGGUUGAGCAGUUUUUGCUGAUGUCUCACUGGCCGAACGCAAUUCAAGCUCCACGGGAUAAUAAAGUGACUGCCGUGCACGUUCUCUCCACAAGAAAAGGAACAGCUUUGAUGACAGAUAACUUGGCUGAGCUACUGUGCUCCAGUCGUCUUUCCUUGUCAGAAGCCGAAGUAUGGUCGAAGGCAAUGCAUACACUACCCCUCGUGGAAAAGGCGGAAGUGGCAGGGAAGAAUCCUGUGGAUGGGACACAGCGUUGUCAGCCAAUUCGUGAUUACACUGUGUCUGGGUCAAGAGUCACUCGUGCCGUUUUUCUGCCGCAUAAAAAAACACGUCUUGCACGAGAUGGAAAGUAUAAUUAUUGGCGCUCUACAGGAAUUAUCGUUGCUGCGGAGCUCGAGGAGGCUACAUUGAAUGAAAAAAAUGGCAGUACAGCUGCGGAUAUUUCUUUAUUUGAGGGGAGUCAUGAGUGUUCCGCUGUCGCAGCAUCUCAUGCUUCUGCCGAUACACCGGAGAUAAUUAAAAGGAAGGGCGAUUUUGUUCCUUUCAUGCAUUUGAUGGUGGAGAGAGGGAUGCCGCCGCAGGAACACCGCCUCGUUCCGACGCUGUCAGUAAUGCCCUCAGUGCUUUCAUUUGGGCGCGUAAUACGUGGCAAUCGCUAUGCUCUUCCCGUCGUUUUUACCAAUACCUCGACUGUCCCCUGCCGCUACCGCGUCACACUUCCUACGGAGUGCAAAGACAUUCUUCGUGUUCAUUACCCGCGACAUUUCUUGGCACCGGGUCUCACCGUCAUGGCACAAGUAGAAAUUUCAGGUACACAACCGCUGGGUGCAAUGUCGUUUUCACUCAAUGUUACACACGAGGGAGGGCUUAUCCCCGUAAAGGUGGAGAUUGAGACGGUAGAAGAAGAGGAAGCUUUGUUAUCUUUUUCGUACAAUUCGACGGCAGUGGUUUUGGGCCCCGCAUUGAUUAAUUCAUUUGUUCCCGGAACCACAAGACGCCCCCCACCUCAUUUACUUCAAAGAGCGGCAGCGAAGGAGGGCGCUGCUGAAGUUUUAGAGCCAAUGUAA